AUGACUUCGAAAGUCUUUGAAGAGUAUGUGCGACUUUUGGACCGGCGGUUCACGGUGAAGGGAAGGAAGAUAGUCAUAGUGAUGGACAAUGCAUCGUCCCAUACCCAGCUGGAGAAUUUGACGUCCGUGGAGUUGGCCUUCCUCCCUCCCAACACGACUGCGAUUGUUCAGCCCCUGGACCAAGGGGUGAUUCGCUCCAUGAAGCAAAUCUACAGGAAAAAUAUCAUGUGCAAGACCUACGCAAUUCAUCUCCUCGGCGCAGUUCAUUUGCUACAGCAUUCGUGGCAGCAAGUGGAACCUUCGACAGUUCAGAACUGCUUCCGACGUGCAGGGUUCAUGAUGUGCACGGACAGUACAGUCCAGGGUGAGAACAGUGAGGAGGACAACGCCAACGACGAAGGUGAAGGCAUUCUUUCAGAGUUCCUGGAGUGCCAGGGUGCUGCAGACAGUGUGCAAUUCAGUGUGUUCCGGGACAUUGAUAACGGCAUGGAAACGUGUCCUGACUAG